GACGAUAACAUAACCGUAUAUAAGAAGAUAAACGUCAUUUUUCGUUCAUUCUGGUAGAAAGUUAAGAAUAUUAUAAUUUUAUUUAUAAAAAAAAUGUGAUAUUUUUUACGUUGUGCUCAUGGCUGGUUGUUUUAAUUGUUUCUCCAAAUGGCGAUUAUGGAUUCGUCCAGUAGCUAUUUUAUUGUAUGCUAUAGCAGUGCUUGUCCUUGUUCCUCUAUUUCUUAUUAAGUCAAUUGAAGAUGGUUUUAAUCAAACAGAUCAGGAAAUUUUAAUAGCUGGUUUCUUCGCCUGGGUCGCCAUACCAAUAUCAUUAUGGGAAAUAAUACAACAUGUAAUAUGCUAUUCUCAGCCCAAGCUGCAAAAACAUAUCAUUAGGAUUUUGUGGAUGGUGCCUAUUUAUGCCAUUAAUGCUUGGCUUGUUCUGUUAUAUCCAAAUCAAUCAAUAUAUAUGGACAGUGCAAGAGAAUGUUAUGAGGCUUAUGUUAUCUACAAUUUUAUGAAGUUUCUUUUAAAUUAUUUAAAUAGUGAAAUGGAUUUAGAAGAAAAUUUGGAGAUAAAGCCCCAAGUCAAACAUAUAUUUCCACUGUGCUGUUUGCCAGAUUGGGAAAUGGGGCGUGAAUUUAUCCAUAUGUGUAAACAUGGAAUAUUGCAGUACACUGUCAUUAGACCUUUAACUACUGCAAUAUCAUUCAUAUGUAAAGUAAAUAAUGUAUAUGGAGAUGGUGAGUUUAAAGCCAAUGUAGCAUUUCCCUACCUUGUGGCAUUCAAUAAUCUUUCUCAAUUUAUGGCAAUGUACUGUUUGGUUUUAUUCUACAAAGCAACAGCAUCUGAACUCAAACCCAUGAAACCACUGCCAAAAUUUCUUUGCAUUAAAGCAGUUGUCUUUUUUUCAUUUUUUCAGGGUGUUUUGAUAGAUGUUUUGGUAUAUUCAAGGACCAUUUUGCCAAAUCCAAAUCAAACUGUUGAUGGCUUAAGUGUUUCAAAAAGAUUACAGAAUUUCCUUAUAUGUAUUGAGAUGUGUAUGGCGGCAGUAGCACACCAUUACAGUUUCUCCUACAAACCCUAUGUUACAUCAGAUUCAUCACCUUCAUGUUGCAGUGCUUUCCUUGCGAUGUGGGACAUUUCAGAUGUACAAAGAGACAUUUCAGAACACAUCAACAUCGUCAGUAGUUCAAUAAGUAGACGGAUUCGAGGACGUAGUACGUACAACUUGGCUAAAGGUAAUGACGAGUAUGCAAAUUUAAUGUCUAAAACGUCGUCUAGUGCUCCGAUCGACUUAGGUCUGUAUCAGAGUGAAGACGACGAACUUUUUCUAAAUUACGGAACUGUACCUUCGAAUAUUUCUUCAAAAAAUUUAGACUCGGUCAAAGAAAGUACUUCUAAAGACCAAGGAUUUAUUCAUUUAUAGUAACUUUAUGAUAACAACAGUAAGCGUAAUUGAAAACCAAAGAUGUUUCGUAUCGAUUAUUAUUGAUCAGUAAAAGAAAGUUUAAGCAAUCCAGGAAAGGUAUUUGUAAAGCGCAGUUAUUUUAAUACAAACAUUGCAUCUGGGACCAUAAUAAAUUUUAGAAAUUUACUACAUAUAAAAAAGCAAUCAGAUGCAAUUUGUUAAUUUUUUUUAUUGUAUUAGUUCUUAUAGUAAACAAUACUACUUUUAUUUUUUUUAAUUAUGGUUUUUUAAAACAAAUGAAUCACUGGUAAUUUAUUUUGCUUAAGACUUUGUUAUACAGUGUGUAUUUACUAUUACCUAAGAUGAUAUACAAGUAUCUUGCCUGGAAGAUUUUUUUUUCUAAUGAACUAAUAGCAUAUGCACCUGUACAUUUAUGGUUACAUGUCUUGAUUUAUACCCUAGCAUUCUUUUUUGUUAACUGUGAUAGCACA